AUGUCCAUGGUAUAUUACAUUGGAGAAGAAAUGAUAUUGGCAGCUUUUGAAAUGAGUGGUGGCACAGUCAAGGUCAUGAGUUUGAAUCUCACACGAAAUGCAAUAUCACUCACUAUUGAUCCCAAAACUCCAGAGGAUAAGUGGUCAACGCUAGAAAGUUCCACAGAUCAAAAUGACUUGAAAAAAAUUUCAAAACUGUGUAAAAUUUAUCUUAAUAACUUCAACGAAAAAUUAGAAAACACGAAAACUAGUGCUAAUAAAAAAUUGCCUGAACCAAAUAAGACAACGGAAGAUAUAGCUAAUUUAGUUAGUGAAAUAAAAACUCAAGUAAAAAAUGCAUCUGUAGAUCUUGUAACUGUAAGAAAGUUAGUGCAAAAAACUGCUUUACGAUUUAGAGACACAUUCAAAUCGCUUGUAUCAUUUACUGAAUUAGAAAAUGACUCUGUGAAUAAAGAAUUAGAAAGUAUUAAGAAAACAGCAGUUGAUAGUAAAAAACCAUUGGUAAAUCGUGUUAUACGGUCAUUUGGAAAUCGUCAUUCAAAAACUGUGAAUGAUAAUGCUUUAAAAGCAUUGGAUACUUUUUUUGAAGGCAUGAAAUCGGUAAAAUCAGUGAAAAAAAAAGUUAAGACUGUUGGAGAAAAUGCACUGGAUGAAAUAAAAGCAGGGAAUGAUAUUAUUAAACUUAAAAAUGCAGUUGAAUUAGCUAAGGCAUUGAAAUUGAAAUUCGAAGAUGAAUGGAAUCUUGAUUCCGGAGAAUUAACUUACAGUGAUGAACAAAAGAAAACUAAUACACAAGUAUUAGAUGAAAAUAAGUCUGAUGUCCAGGAAAACGAAGAAGAUACGAAUAAGAUUGAGAAUGUUUCAAUAAAUGAUAUACAAACUGGUUUACCGAAAACCGAACAAGGAGCGAUUGAAAAUAAUAAAACAAAUGGAAUUCCAACUACUCAGGAUGAAAUUGAAAAACUUCCUAUGGAUAAUAUCCAAACCUCUGAUAAAGCAGUUUCUUCAAUUGAGGAAAUACAAUUAACUUCCGCGGAAGAAAAUAUGGACGAAACUAAGACAAUUCCUGAAACAGAAAAUAGUACUAUGGAUACUAAUGUUUCUAAUACUAUAUAUUCCCCAAUAAAAGAAAAUCCAUUAAUUAAUAACACAGAAAAUAAAGACAAAACAGUCAUCGUUCAACCUCAAGUUUCAAAUAAAGACCAAAAUUCAAUAAAUGAUGAUAAUUUAAAACCAGAUUCUUCUGGUCAAGAAAUAUCAUUUAACCCUGAUAGCAAUAACGACGCGGCUACCCAACUCACAGAAUCGACUGAUAACAAAAUAGGUAAGCAAUAUGAUCCUAAUCAGUACAUUUUAAAAAUUUUAGACGAUGCAAAUCAUAGAAGUGGAAUUGGUGGUAUGAAGAAGACUACUUAUUAUAAAAUGUUAGCAGUGGCUCAUAAUUUGAAUCAUGAAACACAAGAAAUGGAAAAUGCAGCAUUGUAUGCAAUGAAUAAAAUACAUGAGGGAAAAAUAGCUGCAACUAAUUUACAAAAAAAGUUUAAUAAGGAAAAAGCAUCUAAAGCUUGUUAUAUAAGAAAUAUUUUAGCAGCACAAGAGAAUGAAAAUGACAAAAAAAAUAAAGACGAAAAUAAGGAAAAAGUAAAAGAAAGUUUAAAUGAGGACGAUAACAAAGAACCAUUAAAACAAGAUGUUAACUUAGAUUCAGUCGAUGCCUUACAGCCAUCAACAAUUAACGAUGAUAAUGAACCAAUUAUAAAUAACAACGAAGAAACAAAAACGCAGAAUGAAAUAGAUGAAUUGAUAAAUACAGAUCACGAUACUGAAAUACCGGAAAACUCGGAAACUGAAAAGGUUGAUUCAAACAAAGAGCAUGCUCCUCAAGAAGAAAAUGUUGAAGAAAGUACAUCUGUUAAACCCAAAGUGAAACGUCGCAGGAAGAUAAUAGAUCCCAAAGAUGGUAAAGAAAUAUCUGAAGAAUACGAAGUAUCAGAAGAAGACGAAAACAAUUUAAAUAAGUCAGGUGAGAAACAAUCUGAUGAAAAUAAAGGUUUAGAUUCGUCAGAUAAUACUAAUACCGAACACGAUACGGAAACACCGGAACACUCGGAAGCUGAACCAGUGGAUUCAAACGAAGAGCAUGCUCCUCAAGAAGGAAAUGAUGAAGAAAGUACAUCUGUUAAACCCAAAGUGAAACGUCGCAGGAAGAUAAUAGAUCCCAAAGAUGGUAAAGAAAUAUCUGAAGAAUACGAAGUAUCAGAAGAAGACGAAAACAAUUUAAAUAAGUCAGAGCAUGCUCCUCAAGAAGGAAAUGAUGAAGAAAGUACAUCUGUUAAACCCAAAGUGAAACGUCGCAGGAAGAUAAUAGAUCCCAAAGAUGGUAAAGAAAUAUCUGAAGAAUACGAAGUAUCAGAAGAAGACGAAAACAAUUUAAAUAAGUCUAUUGAGAAAAAUUCCAAUACAUCUCGAGAUUUAAAAACACAACCAGCCGUUGGUUAUGUAGCAGAUAAAGAUCUUGAAAAUAUCACAAGAGAAACAGUUGAUUUGGAAGAAAAUGAAAACCUUAAUAGUUUAGAUGAUGAGAAAAUGAAUUGUGUCUACAAUGAUAAUAUAAUACCAGCAGCAGAAAGUAUGGGAGAAGAUUCAUCAUCAGAGGAAGCUAAUAAUGGAGAACCCAAUCAACGUUCCUUCAAGGAUCCUAACAAUGGGCAAGAAAUAACGGAAAAAUAUGAUACAAGUGAAGGAGAGAAGGAUGUUUCAUCAGUGAUAGAUCAAAACAUUAAUGCGACUCCCCUAACACCUAAUGUAGAAUCAACAGACCACAAUAUUAAUGAACCUGAUUCAGAAAGACCAAAAUAUGAAGAAAGCCAAGAAUACAAGAGAAGCCAUGAAAAUGUAGAACCAUCAGAAAAUGAAGAAAACUCAGAAUACAAUCAUUCAAAUAAACAAACAGAGGUCAAUGAGCAUGAACCAGACCGAAAGUCUAACGAAGGAUUAGAUAAGUCGAAGGAUAUAGAAGAACAAAUUGAAGGAGAAGAAUCAGUAGAAUAUGAAACAGUUGAAGAAGAUGAUAAUAAAGUUGACAAAUUGAAAACUCUAAAUACGGAUUCAACUGACCAAUUUGAUGAAAAACCAAUAUCUAAUUCAAUUAAAGGGAAUAUUGAUUCAAAUGAAGUCCAAGAUGUAAAUUCAAAUGAAGAGCCUAAAUAUGUUAACGAAAACAACACCGAACCAGAAGUUGUUAACGAUGGAUAUAACGAUAAUUAUCCAGUAGAAGAACGUGGCGUCAACUCUGAGCCUAUGCCUUCGGAUGGUUAUAACGUUGAAGAUAAUAUACCGGAAACUGAAAAUGGAGAACCAACUGAAAAAGAUGUUGAUGAAACUUUAAACAAUAAAAAACCACGACGCCGUAGGAAUUCGAGGAAACCUAAAUCAGUUAAUGAAAAUGAAAACGAACCAGAAGUUGUUAACGAUGCAUAUAACGAUAAUUAUCCAGUAGAAGAUCAAGGUGUCAACUCUGAGAAUAUGCCUUCGGAUGGUAAUAACGUUCAAGAUACAAUACCGGAAAUUAAAAAUGGAGAACACACUGAUAACGACAAUGAGACAGAACAACCUGAAUUAACUGAAUAUCCUGAGAAUGCACUUGAAGCGCCAGAAGCUUCACCUGAAAAUGAUGUUGGUGAAACCAUGAACAAUGGAAAACCACGACGCCGUAGGAAAUCAAAAAAACCAAGAUCUGAUAUAGUAAAUGAAAACGAACCAGAAGUUAUUAACGAUGAAAGUAACGAUAAUUAUCCGGUAGAAGAACGAGGUGUCAACUCUGAGAAUAUGCCUUCGGAUGGCAAUAACGUUGAAGAUAAUGUACCAGAAACUAAAAAUGGUGAACCCAUAGAUAACGACAAUGAGAUACGACAACCUGAAUUAUCUGAAUAUCCUGAGAAUGCACUUGAAGCGCCAGCAGCUUCACCUGAAAAUGAUAUUGGUGAAAAUAUAAAUAAUGGAGAACCACGACCACGUAAAGUCAGACGCCGUAGGAAAUCAAGAAAACCUAAAUCUGUUAAAGGAAAUGAAAACAUACCAGAAGUUGUUAACGAUGGAAGUAACGAUAAUUAUUCUGUUGAAGAUCAAGGAAUCAACUCUGAGCCAAUGCCUUCGGAUGAUUAUAACGUUCAAGAUACAACACCAGUAACCGAAGAUGUGCAACCCACUGAAAACGAU